GCCCUCAUAGUUUCCUGGUCCUCAGCUCCGCCUAGCCUCGCUGUGGCCGGACAGAGGAAAGACUUCUCAGUUUCAGAACAAAAGCAACAACGGACCGAAGAGGCUAAAGUAACGGGCAUCCAAGUUCAGUCCUCUAGUUUGUAAAUUAAAGAUUUCAGUACACAGCUGUUCGACGAUAACGAUUCACACCGUUCUUAACUCACGCGUAAAGCGAGAAAGUUAGUUAUUUGGCAUCUUUGUAUCCCAAUCCUAAUCCGGUCGAGUGCUUGAUAACUAAGCGAGGGUACCAAACAGACGGUAUUGUUUCCCAGUGUUGAUCAAGACUUGAUCUUAGGAGAAGACUGUUAUUCGGAUAAGAGUGGUAGCCGUGUACGCAAUCGUACACGCAUAUUGAAGACAAAAGCAGCAUUGGCAUUAAUGGUAGAAAAGCCCUUCUACCAUGUCCCUGAUGGCAGCUCCCAGUGAACUCAGCGGUAGAAAAUCCGCUGCCGUACACAUGAAAGAGCCUUACAAGGUGAUGGUGAUGACCAAGAACCAAGAGCAGGAGAAGCACAAAGUCUGCCGCUCUACCAAGGAUGUACACAAAUCUGCUGACUCGGCGGAUGACGACAAAGGCGUUGCUAGCUUCAGCACGAACAACAACUCUGUCGUCUGCUUGCCCCUCGUCUCUGAAGGACUGAAGCUGGUUUGGACCCAGGCCGAUCAGACCAGAGAACUAGACGCCAUACCAGAGCUAGUCCAGGCAUUUAAUUUGUUUCCGUACCCGACAUCCCGUGAAGUGAGUGCCCUCGCCAGGGCAUGCGCCUUACCACUGGACAAAGUGAAGGUGUGGUUCAUGGUUCAGAGGAUCAAGUACGGCAUCAGCUGGGCCUCGGAGGAAAUCGAGGAGACCCGCAGGAAGCUCUCGGUGCCUGAGCUCGCUGGCGACUCUGUUAAAGUAAAAAACACAGAAUCGCCUGCGAAGGGCAAGAGAAAGGGUUACGAGGCGAUAGUUAUGGUGGACGGUGACAGCGGUCAUGAAAUAGAAGGGGCCCGCUCCACUUCGAUGCCAGCCAAAAAGAAAUCGGUGUACGAAUCCCAGGAUUCUUACAAACCCGCCAGACCGGCGGUCCUGUGUUUCAAAUCUUCCCUCCCACCACCCCAGGACUCCUACUACUACCGCCCCCCUGUGGACACGCCAGCUACUGUGGUGGCUGACGUCUCGCUGGACCUCUCCAUUGAGUCUUCCACCCAGCAGCAGCAGCAGCAGCAACAACAGCAGCAGCAGCAGGCACAGCAGCAGCGACGUCACGGACGCUACAAGAAGUCGAAGGCACAGCUCGCCGUUCUCCGCACCAGUUUCCUGCUGGAGAACUGGCCCACGGAGAUAGAGCUACGGCGGCUGCAGGAGGAGACGGGGCUGAGCCGCAACGACAUCCGAAAGUGGUUCAGCGAUAGCCGGUACCAGCUAAGGGUGGGCCGGGGGGCCCUCAGCGCCGCACAGACCUACUCCCACCCCGCUGUGCCAGAAACUCAAGAGGGGCUUCAGCAGAUUCAACCCCUUCCGCUGGUUUCUCCGAAGACACAUCUGCAACAAAACGGCCUGAAUGUACAGGAGGUGACGCGUAGCAAUGGGAUUAAAGACUCUCACUUCUUCCGGACUUUUCUCACAAACAGCCUGGAGGCCUUUGGGGAACGAGUUGUGGAAGCCGAGGAACAGGCAGCUGAGAAGGAGGCUUCCAGUAAUGGCAACCAUUUUGUUGAGGUAGAACCGAUUGAAGAGAAACCGUUACAAUUGACCAAGACCCCCAAAACUGAGCAAGCCACACAGAAGUCUGAGGAAAUCAAACAGAAGACUGAGGAUAUCACAGAGAAGACUAUGGAACUCAAAGAGAAGACAGAGGAAAUCACGGCGAAGAUUGAGGAAAUCCCACAGAAGGCUGAGGAAACCACAGUGAAGUCUGAGCUAACCACACUGAAGACUGAGAAAACCGCAGCAAAGACUGAGGAAACCACACAGAAGACUGAGAAAACCAUACAGAAGAUUGAGAAAACAACAGAGAAGAUUGAGAAAAUCCUGCAGAAGAUAGAGCCACUACCCCCCAAGAUAGAGCCAACAACAGCCCCACCAAUGGAGGAGAAAGAAUUGAAACCUUCUCCCUGCCCCUCCCCCGCUAGCACCCCACCACCAACUGCCUCACCUACCAAACGACUUUCAAACGGCGUCAGCAGAUCAAAGAAGUCGUCGCGCUCCACCAAGGGGGGCUCACCGCCCGUGACCCCACAACUCUCCCGGGGAUCGGGGUCCUCUGCUUCCUCCUCCCCAGCCCUCACCCCCGCUGGGCGACCGCGGAAGACCAAGGAACAACUGGACGUCCUAAAGCAGCACUUCCUGCGCUGCCAGUGGCCAAAGAGUGAAGAUUACACUGAGCUCGUCAAGCUCACCGGCUUACCGCGCGCAGACGUCAUUCAGUGGUUUGGGGAUACACGCUACGCGGUUAAGAACGGGCAGCUGCGCUGGGUGCAGGGCGUGCGGGAGCAGUUCCUGGCAGAGCUGGCCACGCAGCAAGGCAACGCUGGCGUAACCAACGGCAACAGUACCACACCACGCGGCAGUGGCGGUAGUCGCAAGCGAAAGUCGAGUCAGGCCAACGGAACUGCCGCCGCCAACACAGACACCCUGAACAUCCAACCGCUGGAAGCGUAUCACCAGUCAACUGGGAAGCUGCAGGAAAAAGACCUUGACUCCUUGUGCAAGAGGUCUAGAAUGAGCUACCAGCAGGUCCGCGAGUGGUUUGCGUCUCAGGUGAGCGACGUCACCGAACUGGAGUCCGACAACACGGAUUGAGGAUAAAGACACUGGUGGAGUGUGUUCCCCCCAUUGGUUAGCAUCGCUUUAACUGGAAUAGAUCUGCAUCCGUUACGUCUUCCAAGAGCCAGCUCAAAAGUCAAGCAAUUGUUUUGUAUUAUUAUUAUAAUGCGGUUUUUCCCGUGUAUUCUAAUAUAUUUGGUCUUGAACUGUGCUUCUGCUUUUUAAAGAACUGCCUCAAGAAAAAAAAAGGAUGUUGUACACUGGUUUGUAUUUUAGGAUAGUUGUCUCAGUUUAGAUUGUCUGAGCAAUACAUCUAUUUUUUAGUAUUGUAGCAGUAUAAUUUAUAUUUGUAGUACAUUUGGUACUUCAGUGUAUCUCAGAAUUUUGCAGACACAGCGCUGCUCUGGGAAAGUUUAUAUAAUUAUGGUAAUUGUUGACUUAUCACUGUGUAAUCGUGUGUUUAUUGCCAAUUAUUCCUGUCACAAAUGGCACACUGGACAUUCACACUUAAAAAACUGUCAUGUUGCACUAGCUGUUUCAGAGCCUGCUGUCCCGUUCGUUAAGCCAUCUCUUUCGAUGACAACCAGUGUCAUUUUAGUUUUUUUUUAUUGAACCUUGUACCAUGCUUAAUGUAGUACUUUAACGAAGUGUGGUAGUCUGGCUAUUCUAUUAGUUUUAUUUACAGACUGUUAGUACAUGCAUAUACCUGAAAUAUAUUCAUUUUGUUCAUGUAUUCAUUUUUAGAGCCUGCGCAUCUCAAGAAGUAUUAAAUCUGAGGUUUGCAAUGUGUUUAGUGUAGGUCUGCUCCAGUUUGACUGCAGAAAAAAACCCGUCAGUAAUUAGUUCAAUUUGUGCAUCUCAUUAACAAUGUCCCUCCAAUCAAAGGGAGGAGGUUCAACCCGCACUCGCUGACUUGAUCGGUAUCAGUAUUUUUCUCUCCGCUAUGAUACAUAUUUUGUAAUCUCUGUAGUUGAUGCAAGGGUAGUGGUUUGGGCCAUAAUGUCCAUUUAUCUACUGGAAAUGUAGUAGUUGUAGGGAGGAACAGGAUCAGGUGUAUCGUAUGUAAAUGACAACUGGCAACGCGGGGCAUGUAAAUAUAAACGAAAUACUGGAAGUGAGCGCAGAUGGCCCAUUUGUAGAAGUAGAUGGGGAUUGACUAGUGAAAUAAAAGAUACAAAACAAA